AGAACCAGAACCAGAACCAGGACCAGGACCAGAACCAGAACCAGGAGCUGCGGUUCUGAGCGGCUCCAGGAUGAACAUCCAGUUCGAAGAAGCGACCCUGAGCAGCAGCUACAGCCUGCUGGGCUCCGGCUUCGGUUCGGAGGAACUGGACCAGGACCUGGACCCGGAGGACAGCAGCCCGUCCAGCAGCAGACCCAGAAUCCUGCUGAUGGGUCUGAGGAGGAGCGGGAAGUCCUCCAUCCAGAAGGUGGUCUUCCACAAAAUGUCUCCUAAUGAGACCCUGUUCCUGGAGAGCACCAACAAGAUCUACAAGGACGACAUCUCCAGCAGCUCCUUCGUUAACUUCCAGAUCUGGGAUUUCCCGGGCCAGGUGGACUUCUUCGACCCGACCUUUGACAGCGAGAUGAUCUUCAAAGGAACCGGAGCUCUGAUCUUCGUCAUUGACGCUCAGGACGACUACAUGGAGGCUCUGGGCCGGCUGCACCUCACCGUCUCCAGGGCCUACAAGGUCAACCCUCACAUCAACUUCGAGGUCUUCAUCCAUAAGGUGGACGGUCUGUCCGACGAACACAAGAUCGAGACGCAGAGAGACGUCCACCAGCGGGCCAACGACGACCUGGCCGACGCCGGCCUGGAGAAGCUGCACCUCAGCUUCUACCUGACCAGCAUCUAUGAUCACUCCAUCUUCGAGGCCUUCAGCAAAGUGGUGCAGAAGCUCAUCCCCCAGCUGCCCGUGUUGGAGAACCUCCUGAACAUCUUCAUAUCGCACUCGGGGAUCGAGAAGGCCUUCCUGUUCGACGUGGUCAGUAAGAUCUACAUCGCCACCGACAGCUCUCCGGUGGACAUGCAGUCCUACGAGCUCUGCUGCGACAUGAUCGACGUGGUCGUCGACGUCUCCUGCAUCUACGGGCUGAUGGAGGACGGCGGCGGCUGCGCCUACGACAGCGAGUCUUUGGCCAUCAUCAAGCUGAACAACACCACGGUUCUCUACCUGAAGGAGGUCACCAGGUUCCUGGCUCUGGUCUGCAUCCUCAGGGAGGAGAGCUUCGACAGGAAAGGGCUGAUAGAUUACAACUUCCACUGUUUCCGGAAGGCGAUCCAUGAGGUGUUCGAGGUGGGAAGUCUGUUUGAAGGCUCCGUCUGGAGACCAACCAGUUCUUCCGGCAUCAAGCAGAAGGAGCUGCUGAACGGAUUUUAACGCUCCUGCAGACGCCGGAUCUGUAGAACGUUCCCAGGAAGGAGAAACGUCCAAAGACUCGGAUGAGGCGACUAGAACUUGGAGGUGAAACCUUCCAGGAAGUUGUCCUGAUGCUGGUUCUUAGCAGGUUCCUCUGGAGCUCAGAGGGAGGAACCGAACCAGAACUUGACUCUGAUGUUUUAUCUGCUUUUAGCCAAAUGAUCCGUUUCUAGACGUUGAUGUUCUGAUUUUCUUAUGGAGUGAAUUUUUAAAUAAAGAGGUUCUCCUCUGU